CCCGCGACGCCGUCCGUCGCGAUGUCGAAGCCGGGCGAGCGCGAUCCGCUGUUGCGACGAUCGCGACGGGACCGACGCGCGGUCGACGCCGGGACGACGACGGUCGUCGCGCUCGGCGUCGCGGCGUGCGCGGUCGUCGCGCUCGCGGGUCGACGCGGGACGACGACGACGACGACGAUUCCGACGACGCGAACGACGCCGCGCGUCGCGCGCGCGGUCGACGCGACGCCGACGCCGACGCCGACGCCUCGCGCGCGAUUGGGCGCCGCCGUGAACGCGAGGCAGCGAGAGGCGAUGCUCAACGAGACGAUCGCCGUCAUGACGGCGAAGGCUGCGGACGUCGAAGCGGAGGCGGAGCGCGCGCUGCGAAAGUCGACCUUUGAGUUGUCCGAUCUCACCGCGGCGGAGAGGGCCGUCGCGACGAAUGGCACGUGCGCGUCGAAGGAAUCGAUGGUUCAGGCGGCGCUCGAGAGGCGCGUCGCGGAGGCGCGCGACCGGGAGAAGGAGACGGCGCGAAAGCGUAAGAAAAUCGACAAACGCCGUAAAGCGUCGAACGACACGGCCGCGCUCGGACUCAAUUUCGGCUGGGUAGGAAACGUGGUCGAACACGCGGGCACCGUCACUAGUUGGUCGAGCGAGAUCAUCGGCGAGUACGCCCAAGAAGUCGACGAAGGCUCGGGAUUUUGCUGGCGCGAAUCGUACACGCGCGACGGCAUCAUUCCGCAGUACUGCGGCGACGAUGGCAAAAAAGAAAUCAUCGCCGGUGGUUUGUAUUGCUACGACAAGUGCUCAAACUUCGGCGCUGGUUAUUAUCGCUUUGGCUACGACUGUCAUCAGUCGUGCUCGAGCGGUUGGGACGACCACGGAUUGUUAUGUUCCAACCCCGACGCGAGUUACGGUCGCGGCGUCGGUACCAUCGAGUGCGAAUGGAGCUGGUCCACGUUCAGUGUGCGGUGUGGCGGAGAUCUUUGCACUAAAAAAGGCAAGGAGGACUACCUCGGUCUGUGCUACGACAAGUGCAGGAGCGGAUACAGCAACUUUGGAUCAAAUAUUUGCACGAUGGACUGCCAGGAUCAAGGUUACGAGGGCGGCAUCGCCCCGAGCUGCACGAAACACACUCACCUCUCCCCAGGCAUGGAGCCGGCGACCUGUCCCCCCGGCUACGAGUACGACGCCGGCCUCUGCUACGAGCCUUGCAAAGAGGGAUUCGUCGGCGCGGCGUUCGUCUGCUGGGGCGAACCUCCUACAGUGAACGCUAAUCGAUGGGUCGAAUGCGGCAUGGGUGCCGCCGCCGACGACGCCACGUGCGCGCUGGUCGUUACCGACCAGAUCAUGGGCCCGCUCGAGAUGGUUGCCUUCUUCGCCACGCUCGGUGCGAGCUCUGGCGCGACGACGGGGGCUAAGAUCGGAGUCAAAACCGCGACGAAAUGCGCCAAAGCCGCUGACAAGAUCGGUGACACCGCGAAAGCGGUUAAGAAAACUGCGGAAGAGCUGAAGGACGCCUACGACAACAUCGAUCAGGUCGUCAGCACGGCCGACGGCAUCGCCGGGGGCAUCGAGGACAUGAUGUCCGUCGAGACGGAGGCUGACGGCAUCAGAGCCGCCGCCGAAGUCGCGGCGCUGUUCGAUCCAACAGGUAUUUCGUCCACCGUCGCCGCGUACAGUCACGACAUUUGCACUCGUUACACUGAAGCGCAGGUCGAGGCCGACGCCAAUCCGACGGAUCCGGAGCUCUUCGAGGCGCAAAAGAAAGCAGUCGCCCGAGCGAUGCAGCUCUGGGAUCAGGGCGAGAGCGUCGAGCGGUGCGGCAAAGCCAUCACCUGGCAGAUGAAGGUUAAGUACGGUCGCAGCGCCGAAGAGGCAGCAGAACUUCGCGAGCAAGUCGAAGCCGCGCUCACCGCGGCGUCGACGUCGUCGACGCCGACGGCGGCGUGACAGAGUUAAAGAACGUUGAACGUUGAUGUCCUACAUAAUUAAUUUAUCUAAUCACGUUGUCCUUGUUAUAACAACAAUU